AUGACUUUAGGCCGAUCGCCAUGCCCUGGCCUGAACGUUCUGGCAAACCACGGCUGGCUUCCUCGCUCGGGAAAGAACAUUGAUCUGCCGACUCUCCAAGUUGCCGUUGCCGGUGCCUACAACUACGCCCCCAACACCUUUGACGAUGUUUUCAAACUGGCUCAAAACUGCAAUCUCACGACCACGGGCAACAUUUCGACGUUCAAUCUGGCCGAUCUGGCGAAGCAUGAUUGCAUCGAGUUUGACGGAUCGCUGUCACGAAACGACUUUGCUCUUGGAGAUGACUUACACUUUAACCCGCGAAUCUGGAAGACGACCUCUAAGAGGCUAGGCCUGGACGACAUCGGACGUGAUCCAAAGUCUAAGUAUCUGACCGUGGAACAAGCCGCCAAGGCUAGGGCUGCCCGCGUAGCAGACGCGAUGAAGGCCAAUGACAAGUUCAAUGCUUCGAUAAACCAGCAGAUGGGCAGCCCUGGGACAACAGCUUUGUACUUGACGACCUUGUGGGACGAUGCCGCGGGAGCUGCUCCCAAGGAGUGGGUCAAGACAUUCUUUGGUAAGUGUCAAGACUCUUUGUGCCGGAGAUGGGCUAACCGCCAGGCAGAGUGGGAGCGUCUCCCUUUCGCAAGGCCGCUCAGGCAGAAGACCAAUGACGACAUCAACGCCAUGUUUGCAAGGGUUCAGGCCGUGAAGGUUUGA